AUGCGGCGCUUCGCCCCAUGCCUGUGUGGCGCCGGCAGUGGCCUCAGGGCACGGUUGCAGCAUCUGUACGACGACUACGCAGUGUGGUGCGACCGCAGGGAUGACAGGCUGUGCGGCCCCGAUGCCUGGGGUGAAGCGGCGGAGAAUGUGUCAGGUACUGCCGGCGUGCCCCGCAUCCGCGCAGACCCCAACGCGUGCCCGCGCAGUGUUCUUGUCGUCCCCGCCGCCAGCAUCGCCGACACAAUGCAGAGACAGCAGCGGCGCCACCAAGCCGCAGCGGACGUUGUGAUGCUUGACCUAACGGACUGUGGGGGGAGACAGACCGGUGACGUGCGGGACUGUGUCUACCAGUUCCUUCGGAAGGAGAACGCAACAGAAAGAGGGGAGGAGGAAAGUGACGAGAAGUCACAGCAAGAACGAACACGCUAUAUUCUGCGUGUCAACUCACUUGAGCAGGACCCCGCCAACGGAAUUCUCGAUAUGGAGCUCGCAGGGCUUCUUGGUAGCGAUGUGGAGGGCAUUGCACUACCAGCAGUGACGGCAAACACGUCUGAGCUCAUUGCGGAAUACGUGCAUCCCAAUCAUCACCUGUGGGCCGUCUUCGACACGCCCCUCUCCGUCCUGCAGGCAGCGGAGGUCUGCCGCCAGGGAUGCUACAAGUACGCGGUGGUGGGCAUAGGAGAGCUCGUGGACGGCUUGCAACUUGCGAGCGGCGCCGUGCCACCCGAUGAGGGCGACGCGGACGGUGUACUGCAGGAGGCACUUCUUAAGUCGCUCCCAUUACUGCACUGCAGCCUUCAGGUGAUACUCGCGGCCAGAGCCUACGGCAUGCCAGUUCUGAACGGCGCAUUUCACGACGCCGCUGACACUGUUGGGUUUCGCCGCGAAUUACGCCGCUGCCGUGCGCUCGGCUUUGACGGCAAUAUGGUGGUGCGGCCGGCGCAGAUCGCUGCGUGUCACGACGCCUUCACCCCCACCGCGGCGGAGGUGGAGUGGGCGAGGGAAAUGCUGCGACAGCAGCAGCAGCAGCAGCAUGCCCACAUGUAUGACAGUGGUGCUGGUGUUGGCAAGUGUGUGAAGGCGCAGUGGCGGCGCGCUGCUUGUAUUGUCGAGCGACACAACGAUGUAGAAGCGCAGCGGAGCAGCGAAAAUGGAGAGGAGUCGCGGAAGCAAUGA